GCAAGAAGGGCCCGGCGUCGUCGUCGGAGGUGGUGGGGACCGGCUUCCGGCCCAUCAACGGCGCCCCUUCGCCCUCACAACCCACGCCGCCCUCGACCACGCCCUCCCACACGCCCUCGGCCCCGUCUUCGACGUCUCAGGCCGGCGGAGGCAGCGGAGGUGGAGGGGGAGCCCUGACCACCUCAAGCAAGAGCCAGCAGGCGGACUCCAGCGGGCGCAGCAGCAGGAACAAGGAAGCGGACAGGAUCAGCAAGAAGGAGUCACGUGACCAGAGCAGAGACCCGUUCAACUUCAUCAACAUCAAGAAGGAGACGAGCUCGCCCAACAUCAGCUCGCACGCCUCGUCCGACGCGACCAUCCCGACUCGCCCGCCCAAGUCCAACUCCUCCAACCCCCUCGUCAUGCCGCGGGACAAGCAGGCCGACAAGCCCUUUGACUGUGAGU